ACUUCUUAUAGAGUGUAUACCAUUUCUGCUUUAGCUAAAUCACCUCCGUAUUUAUCUCUUUCUCUCUCCUCCCAUCAAUUUUUUCCUGACUCCGUCUAGUAGCUGAGCACUGUUGAUACUGCAAAAAAAAUUAAAAUUCUCUCUUUUUCUUUUUCCUUUUCUCUCUCUCCUCAAAUUCUUCCCCAAAUUCGUUGAUACUCCACUUGCCUUCAAUUUCUUCUUCCAUCAAACCCUAACCUCAUCUUCUCAUCUCCAGCUCCAGCGAUCGAAUUCGAACCCUAAUUUCCUGCUUUUUGGUGGAAUUUUGUACUAACUUUUACCAGUGUGUUUCUAAAUUUCUCCGUUUUUUGAGCUGGAAUUUGUAUGAAUCUGAAGCUCAGUGGACUGGUUCAAGCACAAAAUGUGAGUGUGUUUUGUUUUUGAUGACUGAUUUUGAGUAGGACUUUUGUGUCAAAAAAUGGCGGAAUUUGCGUUUUCGGAGAGAGAAAGUGGUCGGUGAAUGGUGAAUGCUGUUGUUCAAGGUUUACACUACCAUGAAUGCCGAUCAAGCUAGGGCUGGUCCUGUAGAGAGAGACAUUGAGUUGGCAAUCACUGCUUUGAAGAAGGGAACAAAUUUGCUGAAGUAUGGGCGUAGAGGGAAGCCAAAGUUCUGCCCAUUUAGAUUGUCUAAUGAUGAAUCUCUUCUAGUAUGGUACUCUGGAAAUGAGGAGAAAAAUUUAAAGCUCAGUCACGUUAACAGAAUAAUUCCUGGGCAGCGUACACCUAUAUUUCAAAGAUACCCUCGACCUGAGAAGGAAUACCAGUCAUUUUCUCUGAUAUACAAUGAUCGCUCUUUAGAUUUGAUUUGUAAGGAUAAAGACGAAGCUGAAGUCUGGUUCACUGGUUUAAAAGCACUUAUAGCACGUUAUAACCGAAGGGUGAGAGUGGAUUCAAGAAGUGGACUAUCAUCUGAAGCAAAUAGUCCAAAAGCUCAAACCCAGAGGAGCUCUCCCUUGAGCUCUCCCUUUGGUAGUGGUGAUGGUUCGCAAAAGGAUGGGUUGGAUCCCCUUUAUCCAUACGAGAGUCCUCAAAAAAAUGGGUUGGAGACGGUACUCUCAGAUGUAAUUUUGUAUACAGUACCUGCCAAAAGUUUUAUACCCCCAGAAUCAGCUUCUAGCUCUGUUCAUUCCUUUUCCUCUGGAGGUUUUGAUGGUUUAAAUGGACGCAGCAGAGGUAAUGGCGUCGAUACUUUUCGUGUUAGUCUUUCAAGUGCUGUUAGUUCAUCCAGCCAUGGCUCUGGUCAUGAUGAUGGUGAUGCUCUAGGGGAUGUUUACAUUUGGGGGGAAGGCACAGGAGAUGGUAUUCUGGGUGGUGGAGCCCAUAGACUUGAAAGUUGUUUGGGUGUAAAGUUGGACUCAUGUAGGCCCAGAACUUUAGAUUCAGCUGUUCUUCUUGAUGUUCAGAAUAUAGCAUGUGGUGGAACACAUGCUGCUCUAGUGACAAAACAAGGAGAGGUUUUCACGUGGGGGGAAGAAUCAGGUGGCAGACUUGGUCAUGGUGUUGAUUCUGAUGUCUCUCAUCCAAAGCUUGUCGAUGCUCUAAGGAGCACAAAUAUUGAACUAGUUGCUUGUGGAGAAAAUCAUUCCUGUACUGUAUCACUUUCUGGGGAUUUGUACAUAUGGGGUGGCAGAAAAUACAGUUUUGGUCUUUCUGGACAAGGUGAUGAAAUGAGUCAUUGGAUUCCAAAGAGGCUGAUUGGACCGUUAGAAGGCAUACAUGUCUCGUCAAUAUCUUGUGGACCUUGGCAUACUGCCAUUGUAUCCUCGGCUGGACAAUUGUUCACUUUUGGUGAUGGAACCUUUGGUGUCCUUGGCCAUGGGGAUCGUAAAAGUUUCUCAGCUCCAAGAGAAAUUGAGUCUCUUAAGGGCUUGCGAACAGUUCGUGCAGCUUGUGGUGUGUGGCAUACUGCUGCAAUUGUUGAAGUUAUGGUGGGAUCUUCAAGUUCAAGCAAUUGCUCCUCAGGCAAAUUAUUUACUUGGGGGGAUGGGGAUAAGGGUCGCCUUGGACAUGGUGAUAAGGAAUCAAAACUCGUGCCUACCUGCGUUGCAGCUCUUGUUGAACCCAAUUUUUGUCAGGUUGCAUGUGGCCAUAGCUUGACCGUUGCUCUUACAACCACUGGCCAAGUUUACACUAUGGGUAGCCCCGUCUAUGGUCAAUUAGGAAACCCACAAGCAGAUGGGAAGUUACCUGUUCGGGUGGAUGGAAAACUUGUAAAAAGCUUUGUUGAGGAGAUCUCUUGUGGGGCUUAUCAUGUUGCUGCUUUAACUUCAAGAACUGAAGUUUACACUUGGGGUAAAGGGGCAAAUGGUAGAUUAGGUCAUGGGGAUACAGAUGACAGAAAUAGCCCAACAUUAGUUGAAGCGUUGAAAGACAAACAAGUCAAAAGUAUUGCGUGUGGUACAAAUUUUACUGCAGCUGUUUGUCUUCAUAAGUGGGUAUCAGGUGUUGAUCAGUCUGUGUGCUCUGGGUGCCGUGUAGCUUUUAAUUUCAAGAAAAAAAGACAUAAUUGCUACAAUUGUGGCCUUGUCUUUUGUCAUUCAUGCAGCAGCAGAAAGUCCCUUAAGGCUUCAAUGGCGCCGAAUCCUAAUAAACCAUAUCGUGUCUGUGAUAAUUGCUUUGGCAAACUGAGGAAAUCUAUAGAAAAUGACUCAUCUUCUAUCUCUUCUUUGAGUAGAAGAGGAAGUAUGAAUCAGCGAACUAACCAAAACAUUGAAUAUGAGGACAAAAAUGGUCCACAGGCCCUUAUACCAUUAGGUAAAUACUCUACAACGGAGUCCUUCAAAGAUAUAGAAAGUGUGUCUUCCAAGAGGAACAAGAAAUUAGAAUUCAACAGUAGUCGUGUGUCACCCCUCCCAAAUGGAUUUACUCAUUGGAGCGCACUUAGCACUUCCAAAUCUGGGUCAUCAAAGAAAUUCUUUUCUGCUUCUCUUCCUGGGUCACGCAUAGUGUCUCGAGCAACUUCACCUACAUCAAGGCGUUCCAGCCCACCUCGAGCUGCAACGCCAAGUCUAACAGUGGUAGCACUUUCUUCACCCAACAAAGUUUUGGAUGACGCUAAAAGGACAAAUGAUCAUCUCAGUCAAGAUGUUCUUAAACUCAGAGCUCAGGUGGAAGAACUUACACGAAAAACACAUCUUCAAGACGUUGAGCUGGAAAAAACUUCAAAACAGCUUAAAGAAGCUAUUGCAAUAGCAGGAGAAGAGACUGCAAAGUGCAAGGCUGCAAAGGAAGUAAUCAAGUCACUUACUGCACAAUUGAAGGAGAUGGCUGAAAGGUUGCCUCUUGGAGCAGUAAGAAACAGCAAGACACCUAUACCCGGUUCCCCUGGGCCAAAUCCUUCCAAUGAUGUUUCGAAUAUGAUGGAGCGACUUAACAUUAACAGUCCAGUAUCUGUGCAUGAAAUUGGUUUGAAUUGGUCAAACCGUUAUGAUACUUCAAAUGGCUCUACUACUCCCAGCAGUCGUGCCUCGAAUAACCUUGCAACAGGUCAGUUGGAAGCUUCAUCCAAGAAUAAGAUCAGAACAUCCGAUAGUGAAGCUAAUUAUGGAUCUGAAUGGGUGGAGCAAGACGAGCCUGGUGUGUACAUUACCCUUGUGUCACUUCCCGGGGGUAUUAAAGAUCUAAAGCGCGUCCGCUUCAGUCGAAAGCGGUUUAGUGAAAAGGAAGCGGAACAGUGGUGGGCUGCUAACCGAGCUCGAAUUUAUCAGCAGUAUGAUGUUCCCAUGGUUGACAAGGCUGGGAUUGGCGUUGGAAGGGAAGGCAUAGCACAUUGAUUUAGAGAAAAGCUUAACCUGACCCCAAUGAUUGAGAGUUGUCAGAAUAUAUCCAAUGUUAACAAGGAUCCAAGCUUCAGGAAGUCUCUGGUUUGUGUUAACAAAUUUAGAUUUAGAAAAUUUUAUAUGAGUAGAAGCAGUUGGUUAUCCAUGCUUCAUCCUUUUCAUUUGGGCUUUUCAUUUUUGCUCAUAACAAGUGUAUUUUCCUUGCUCUUUUUCUUCGUUUCUAGAGGGAGUUCAGAGUUGAGAGUCUCUCUCCUUAAAAGUUAGAAGUUAGAAAUUGUAUAUACCUGAGAGUAGGCUGUCAGUUUCGAAUGUGGGAUGCUAUUCUUGUAUAUUCAUCAGCCAAUGCAUAUUCGAAUUGUACAUCUUGACAAUGUUGAAGAUUGCAUCAAGUUUCUAAGCUCAA